AUGUGUAUCAAAGUCGUCGACUAUGGAAAAUGCACCGAAUGCCCCGACCGAGUUAAGUGGAAAACUCCGGCAAAGCUCACUCAGUGCCAGUUGAGCAAGGACAGAAAGCCGUGCCAGACAAUCGAGCAACCUCGAGACAACCCUGUUACUUGCGACGAAUGCCAAGACAAGAAAACAGACGGAGCAUAUGAAUAUGGAUCAACGCCUCUCCCCAACCCUUCCCAGUGA